ACUUGGACGACCAACCCCAACAGACAUCGCAUGAUUCACAACCAUUGAACACCUCCUGCAGACUGCUACAAGACUGAGGAAGACUACUCAUACCAAACAUCUCGUGCUCUUUAGGUUCGUGGCUCAGGCAACCACACAAGAUGAGUAUAAAAUCGAAAAAUCUUGAAUAUGAUUCCAACGAGCCCACGUUCUUGCGUCGUAUGAGAGGCGAGAUUGGCGGACGAGUAGAGCCUGAGGGGGAACACUCAGCGGCUCGAUUGAGCCGUCGCGGGAAGACCGAGAAAAUUGAUGAUGAUGCCCCAGCCUAUGUCAUGGAUGGGAGUAACGACACGCUUACGAAGGAGGAGUAUGAAGCGCUUGUCUCUGAGAAAGACGCAUCAUCAACAGACCACAACAGUCUUGCCAUACACAAGGGUUCACAGGGUGCAACUGGAGCUGGUGAACAGAUACAGGGACCAUUAUCUGAAGAUGCUGAGCUGUAUGUAGCAGAAGCUGGUCGCCACUCUAAAAAGCGCAAGAUCGGAAAGGUCAUCAAGGAUGCAGACGAGAUUGACCCCACCUCAGAAGUCACCAAGACUGUCGCUCCUACAACCAAGAAAAUUACAAGCAAAACAAAGAAGGCCAAAAAGGCUAUCAAAUUAUCAUUCGACGUCGAUUGAGCCAAUUUACGCGUUACAUUCGUCAGUGGUCUUGAUUUGUGCGCCAUUGCUAGGCGGAAUCCACCUCUUAUCUUGAGAUCCAAAGCCACGCAACAUCGAUGCUCGGCUAUGCAAAAGCUGUCAAAUGUAUGACUCUUUCAAGUACGCCAAGAGUGAGCGUCGGAGUGAUGUUCUUUGAAGAACCAUGGAGACUUUCCCUCAUAUGUCUCCCCCGGGUGUUCAAAAGGUAAUCUAAACACGGUCUCGAAGACUUUCGAUGACACAGUCGCAUCUGCCUCUUUAUCAAUGCUCUCUAGAGCUGACUCGGACAUCGGAACCACCACGCCGCAUUCCCAGUUGCGGCAAUUCAGCUUCGGAAUCUUCGUUGCGCGAUCUCUAACAAGCUUGCCCCAGGCAGAUUCGGAAAAGUUGGCGCUCCCGAGAUAGGCCCAUGCAAUAGCCUUGCCCUCUCUCUCUCCACGUGCGAGAAUCAG